UUUCCUACACUGGUUCCUGUGCGCGUACAGCUUCAACACACAGAUAUAUAUAUGUAUAUAUAUAUAAGAGCUCGAGGCAACGACUUAAUCAUCUCACCACAUAGAGCUCCAUUGUUUUCACGAGCUAGUCCUAUCUCAUCGGUUUUCUUUAGACUUUGACCAAUCAGCGGUCAUGCAAUACCCACAGCCGUACGCCUCCGGGGCGGUGCCCACUGCUUCUGCGCCGCCUUACCCGACGGCCAUGGCCGUGAUCGGACCACAGUAUUGUUGUCCGUAUCCGGUGGACCUAGCAAUUGUUAGAAAGGUGCUGACGGUUGCAGAUCAGUUCACUGUCACGGACAUAAACGGCAACGUCGUUUUCAAGCUUCAAGCUUCUCUUCUAACCCUCCACGACCGCCGUGUCUUACUUGAUGCUGCUCAAAACCCCGUCGUCACUCUGCGCAGGAAGGUAAUGACAGUACAUGAUCGAUGGCAAGCUUUCAGAGGAGAUAGCACCGACCCGAAGGAUCUCAUAUUUACUCUGAAGCGAUCAUCUCUGAUCCAAUUGGUUAGGACCAAAUUAGAUGUGUUCUUGGCUUCUAACACCACAGAACAAGUUUGUGACUUUAAGAUCAAAGGAAGCUGGCUCGAGCGAUCUUGUGUUGUCUAUGCUGGCGAAUCCAAUACAAUUGUUGCACAGAUGCAUAAGAAGCACACAGUUCAGAGUGUUAUGUUUGGUAAAACAAAUUUCAUGGUGACAGUGUACCCCAACGUGGAUUAUGCUUUCAUAGCGGCACUCAUUGUAAUUCUGGACGAGAUUAAUCAGGACAGUAAAAGUGAUUCAUCAAUAGCUGAUGAGUUACUUAUGUAGUUUAAUUUGUGGUUGAUUUCCAGCUGAUCUGAGUUCUAUUUUAUUUUAUUUUAUUCUGUUCUGGGACAUUAUUGUAUAAUGAACAUAUGUUGUAGCCGUUAGCUGGGCCUUGUGUUAUAUAUUGCUUUAUACGUA